CGAUAAACAAUACAAUAGUGUUACAAGUGCAGCUGAACAAACAAGAACAAAUGAAUAGCUCGAAUCUCGUAAAAUGCGAACCUCAUAGUGAUAAUAGUGAUAAUUAAUCACAUUGUAUAUUUUAUGGUACAAUGAGUGAGGAGUCGCAAAAUGGUGGCAGCAAAAAGAGUCCAUCAUUGGCUGCACUUAAUGAGGCAGGCUUGCAAGGAGAGGAAUGCGGGGCACAAGUCGAUGCCUCCACUUACACUUCACACACAAAUAUUGCACAGGUGACAGCGAGCUCUGCUCCCACAGACAGUAGUAAUAAAUGGAAGUGUGACAUAUGUACAUAUGAGAAUUUUCCACUUUCUCGUAAGUGCACCAUGUGUCGCAGCUUGAAACCUUCCCUCGGAGAGGACAUCUUUAAGUUACAAGAUGGAGCUAGUGCCCUUCCCGUGCAAGAUAUUUGUGGAGCAGAUGCGAUUGCAGAGAGACUUAAACCUUUAAGGAUAUCAUCUCCUCAGGGGCAGGCCGGCGCUUCGUCCGUGGCAAAGUGGUCUUGUGCGACGUGUACAUACGAGAAUUGGCCGCGGGCGCUGAAGUGCGCCAUGUGCGGGCCACCACCGCACACUCCACCGGUGAGGCCGCCUCUAUAUUCGCGAUCCCAUACCGACGCUCACUCGUCUACAGUGCUAACCUUCGUCUCAGGCGUCAACGACAUCUGCAACUCGCAGAACGCUCCGCUGCACGAAACGGAGUCGGGCGGGCGGCGCUCCAAGCGGCGCAACACCGACUGGGUGUGGUUGCAGGCCUGCCUGGGUGUGGUGGAGGGCGACGCGCGCUGCGUGCAGGCCUACCUGGCGGCGGGCGGCGACCCGGCGCGCGCGCUGUCGGCGCACGAGGUGGCGCUGCUGGACCGCGCCUCCGCCUUCGACCCCGGACACACGCUCGUGCACCUCGCCAUCCGGUUUCAAAGGCAGGAAAUACUAUCGACUCUGCUCUCGCGGAUAUCGGGCGGCGGGCCCGGGUUGAAGAGGUCGCCUUCGUACGUCGCGCCCGACCUCGCUACUGCGAUCCGGCGACACAUCGCCAAUUGUAUCCGUCACAAGAAGGGCAGCUUCCCGUGCCGGUACAUCAACGAGUUUUGCACAUUUUCUUUGCCGGCGGAGAUCGAGGAGCUGCCGGCCGCCAUCCAGGAGCAGCUGUUCUCGGAGCUGCUGGACCGCGACGCGCAGCACACGCUGGAGGAGCCGCCGCUCAUCAACUGGAGCCUGCACCUCACCGUGACGCUGGGCUCGCGCCUGUACGCGCUGUGGAACCGCUCGGCCGGCGACUGCCUGCCCGACGCCGUGUGCCAGGCCGCCUACGGCGUGUUCGACCGCGCCAACGUGCUGCGCGCCGCGCUGGCCGACUCGCUGCACCACGCGCAGCGCGGCUUCUACGCGCGCUGGGCGGCCUGGGAGCGCCUGCAGGCGGCGCAGCUGCACUACCAGCCCGAGGAGGCGCAGCUGCGCGCCGAGUGGGCGCGCCUCGUGGCCGCCGCCGCGCGCCCCGGCACGGCGCUGCACCAGCUGCACGUGUUCGCGCUGGCGCACGUGAUGCGGCGGCCGAUCUUCGUGUACGGGGUCGACGUGGUCAACUCGUUCCGCGGGGAGGCGCUCGGCUACGCGCGGUUUCAGGGUAUCUACCUGCCGCUGCUGUGGGAGCCGGAGUUCUGCUCCAAGUCACCGCUGUGCCUGGGCUACACGCGCGGACACUUCUCCGCUCUGGUGCCCGUGGAGCCCUACUCGCAGCGACACGACUACAUCUGCCGGGAGCAGCAAGAAGACGGCGAGGAGACCACGUACCUACCCCUGACCGACUCCGAAGGAAAACUACUACCCGUACAUUUCCUCACCUGCGACGAGGUGUCGGAGGAGGAGGCGCUGGUGCGGCGCUGGGUGCGCGCGCGCGGCGGCGGCGGCGCGCGCGCGGCGGCGCAGACGCUGCACGCGCGGCCGCUGCUGCAGGCGCAGAUGCUGGAGGAGUGGCUCAACCACUACCGCCGCCUCGCGUGAGCGCCGCCCCGCGUGAGCGCCGCCCGCCGCCCGCCGCGCCGAGGCUCCCGUCGCGAGUGCGCGAAGCGAUAGAUGCGUUCGGACCCGUUCGUCCCGGUGGGUGCACGUUGUUUCGAUUUCAAAUUUCCUCCUCGACGGCACUU